CGGCCGCAUUUGGCGGCGGGGGUGGGGGGAGGUCCCUUGUUUACCCGGUUAUUCCCCCCCCAGUCUCCUCCCUCCUCCAUUUGGGAGCGGAUCCCUCCGGCCCGGGGGAGGGUUCCCGCUUGCAGCGGGAUCGGGGAGCCGUCCCCCCCCCGCUCCAAGGCGGCAAUCGCCCCUGCGGCGGGGUGGAGGUGGGAGGGGGUGCUGCCCAUGGCCGCCCCCUCCGCUCGCCGCCGCGCACGGGCGGGCCGGGGGCUGCCGCCGCCUCCUCCGCCCCCCCUUCCCGGCUGGUUCCUUCCCCUCCCGGCCCCUCUCAGUCAGUCUGGACCUUCAUUCCAGUGAUGAAAUUCAUCUUUUGAAGUUAUGCACUUGACCUGGAAGAACUGUGCUGCUGGCACCUCAAGAACCCUGUGAACUGGAAAGGGAGAGAAGACCGGGGACUUGAGGCUGUGGCCCCUGAGCCAGUUCUGGAGUCAGCAGGUAGCACCUCCAAAGGGAUCUGUCUCCUUCGCAAGGUGCCCGGGAGCAUGCUGCAACCCUCGCCCGCCGGCAGGUGGAAUGGGGCAGCCAUGAACGGCGAUGCCCUGUGCCAGGAGCCCUCCUCCCCGCUCCCCGACUGGAGGGAGUUCUGCGAGCUGCACGCCCAAGCGGCCGCCGUCGACUUCGCCCAGAAGUUCUGCCAGUUCCUGAAGGAGAACCCCCACUACGACACCCCCGGGGCAGAAACCUCCUUUUCCCACCAUUUCGCCGCCAAUUUCCUGGACAUCUUCAGCCUGGAGGUCAGCCGGGUGUUUGUGUCCGACUCCCCCACCAAGUACAACAUCGUGCCCUUCGUGGGGCUGCAGAACUGCCACGUCCCCUACGGGCGUGAGGUCACCCCAAGGAAGGAGGAGACGUCCACAGAGUCUCUGGACAGCAUGGACACCCCGUUGGGUGCUGGACGGUACCUGAGCCCGGCACAGCAGGUGCAGGCACGCAAAGUGUCCUCCUACGGCCAGUCCCGCAGCUCGGAGGAUGUCUCCAUCCACGCUGCCACCAAGCCCAAGUUCAAGAAAGGCUUCUCCUUGAGGAACAUGAGCUUGUGCGUGGUGGACGGUAUGAAGGAGAUGUGGCAUCGCAGGUCCUCUCCGGAGCCGGGUGCUGAGGCUGCCCUGGGUGGCCGGAGAGCCGAGAGGGAGCCGUGGCCAGCUGGGGGCAAGGAGCCUGGUGACCCACGGGAGAAAUGGACCCACAAGCUGCGCCUGUCCAAGGUGCCCUCCUCCAAGGUGGAGCUGGUGGACAUCCAGAGGGAGGGAACGCUGCGCUACAUGGUGGCUGAUGACACGAACUGUGUGGGGAGCUCGCAGUGGCAGAAGUGCCGCCUCCUGCUCCGGAAAGCGGUGAAGGUGGAAGGAGAGCGGUUCCUCCUCGAGUUUUAUGUUCCUCCGAAGGCUUCCAAGCCCAAGGUGAGCAUCCCACUGUCAGCCAUCAUCGAGGUCCGCACCACCAUGCCCUUGGAGAUGCCAGACAAAGACAACACCUUCGUCCUAAAGGUGGAGAACGGGGCCGAGUACAUCCUGGAGACCAUCGACUCCCUGCAGAAGCACUCCUGGGUGGCCGAUAUCCAGGACUGCAUCGACCCCGGGGACAGCGGGGACGACAUCGAGCUGGCGUCCUGCGCGCAGGGAGCCUGUCUGCCGGGCAGGGUGUCCUCCUGCAGCUGCGAGUUCCUGGCCGAUGAUGUGCCCAGGCCACCGGACAGAUGCGCCCUGCCCAGCACUCACGCCACCACUGCCACCACCAUCCCUGUGCCACACAGCCGGGGCAGGGACUCCCUGGGGGAGCUCCUCACCCACGUCCCGCUGGAGAGUUUUCUGCAGACACUGGAGACCUCCCCCGCCACCGGCGGGCAUCUCGCAGGGGAGGACAGCGAGGCAGAGGCAGAGAUUAACCUCUCCGACUUUCCCUGGUUCCACGGGACUCUCUCGCGGAUCAAGGCGGCACAGCUGGUGCUUUUCGGGGGUGCCCGCAGCCACGGCUUGUUCGUCAUUCGGCAGAGCGAAACACGGCCUGGGGAGUACGUGCUGACCUUCAACUUCCAGGGGAAAGCAAAGCACCUCCGCCUGUCGCUGAACGAGAGCGGGCAAUGCCACGUCCAGCACCUCUGGUUCCAGACCAUCUUCGACAUGCUGCGCCACUUCCACACGCACCCCAUCCCUCUCGAGUCGGGCGGCGCGGCCGACAUCACCCUCCGCAGCUACGUGGUGGCCCAGAGCCCGUUGCCCGAUGCCAGCCCCCCACCAGCCCUCGUGCCACAGCCACCAGGCUGCCGGGUCGACCUGCCGCCUCCACACUACUUCUGCAACACAGCACCUGCUGGCCCACCAGCCCCCCCGCCCACCGAGGGGGCGGCCGUGGCCCCUGCUGUCACUGUCCCCGCACCCUACCACCGCCUGGAGGGUGCCCUGGGCCCGCGGAGCCGCAGCGGUAGCACCGAGCGCCGGCCGGAGCCCCCUGCCACCAGUGCUGAGGACUACCACGAGGCUGACGGCGCCCGGAGCCGGACCCGGGCGGUGGAAAACCAAUAUUCCUUCUACUGAGCCCCCUGUGCCUGGGGGCUGGAUGGCAAGGGGAUGCGGGGCACCCGUGCCCCUCACCGCUGCACCAGCCUGCCUGCUCCCCUGCCACCACCAGCAACCCAGCUAGGAUGUUCCUCCUGCUCCCUGCCACUUUUGGGAGCCGUGUGAGCAGCGGACGAUGUCCUGGCUGUACCUGGCACCAGCCCUGAGGUUGGGGCAGCGCUGGGGCUUUGGGAGGCUGAAAGCAUCAGUGCCAUUUUGGAACUUGCAGCCUCUUCCCUUUCCCUCCGGACCAAGAGCUCUCUGGGGGCUGAGCUGGAUGCCCCUCCUGGCAUGGCAGCAUGAAGCUGUGGUGGGCUCCUUCCUCCGGCCAAAGCACCUUGGCACAUCCCCUCUGCAGUGAGACCCAGCAUGGCCGAUGUCCCUUCUGGCACCACCGCCCUGCAAAACAGCUGCCCAGGGGUUCUGGUGUUUUGGGAUGAUGAAGGAAAUGGCAGAUCCCCACGCAGAGGCUUUUCUUGCACACACAGAUCCGUGUGCCCAAGAGGAUGUUGCUGCAGAGGCGUGAGGGUUUAUCCCGGCCGGCUUUCAGGCUCCCUCUGGGGCACACAUUUCCCACCCUCUGCCAGGAGAAGGUUUUUUUCCAAAGCUUAAAGAAUUGCAUUCGAGGAAGGUUUUUCCUGCUCUCCUGACGUUUCUGUUCCUUUGUCCUUUCUCUCCUUGCUUUACCAAUGUCAAGUCCUUGAAUAACUGCUUUUUUCCUCCCUCUUUCCUUGUUUUUUCUAAACCUAAGCUAUCCACAAGGUCAUCAGCUCAGCCUUCAGUCUUCUCUCUACUGCAGCUAGGCAAUAUUUUCUGUUGCUCAAGGCAAACCUUGAAAACUAUGACAACACUGCCACUUUGCAUCCCUUGCUAGUCCUUUGGGAUGUUCUCAGCGGGGUCACGCAGUGGCCAGGGCUCCCAGGAGCGAAAACACUACAUGUCUUCAGUAGAUGCUGUUGAAGAUUAUUUUUUUCUUAUUUUAGAGAAAUAAAAAAGCCCAGGAAGAGCAAAAGGAAUGUGGCUGCUGUCAGGUGGGUGAACAGGCAGCCAAAACAGAGAGGCCAAGCUGAAGGGUUGGCCUCGCUGUUGGCCCAGGUCCCUCCUGGCAGAUGUAAAACCCUGCAGCAGUGGCUGUAGUGGCACUGCUGCCAGGAGGGACCAGGCGCUGCCACGGUCACCACUUGUUGGUGGCUUUCUGAUAGACCAGUGCAGCCACAUGCAUCUGUAGCAGAAAGAGCUCACCCUGACAGCAGUGAGAGCAGAAACCUGCUGUGCACAAUGCUUUUCCUACAGUCACUGAAGCCCUUAGGGUGGUUUUACAGGCCAGGCUGCUCACUGGGACUGUGUGCCUCAUGUGAGGCGGGAGACCCUCCCAAAGAGCAUCUUUGCUCACAAGUUCCUCUUGGUUUGCCUCACACAGCUUGUCUUUGCUGUUACCAGGAUUCCUUGUGUGUCACCAGUCCUGGGUGACAGCGUUGGCAGGACCUGAGCGAGGUGGCUUGCAAGUGGCUGGGUGGGUCUCCAGGUAGAGCAGACCCCACCAUACCCAGUUAGAAGUUACCACUUAGUGCAGAGAGAGGUAGGAGCCAAGCCACAGUGUAGCUCAAAACCCCAUGAAUUUGCCUGGAUUUUUGAGUUGUGUAAUUUAUAUAUUUUUUUUUUUGGUGCCUUCUUUCCUGAGCUAGCAAAGCAUGUCCCCAGCGCUGGAGUCACUUGUCUCUCCCCCUUCAAGAGGGCAGGUGUCCCCAAGGCUCCUUGCCUCCUCCUGCCAUGUGAGAGCUGCCUGUCUGGCCCAUGAGAUGAAGGCUGGUAGAUCUCAUUCCUGCAGCAAAUGCCACCUUCUCCCCACAGGUGUGGCCCUUCAGAGGUCAGUGGGAGCAGUUUGCUUGGGGUUGAUAUUUCUCCUUCCUCAGCACAGCUAAAACCCAGCUCAGAGCAGCCUGGAGAGGCCAGAUGCUUUUAGUUGAUGGAUUUAACAUGGACCUGCUCCCUUCACCCUCACCGUGAAUGAGGGAGGACAUCUAGAUGCGGCACAGACAUUGUCACUCGUGUUCUUCACUAAGGUCCCAAUGGGACAGGGGGUUGGGGAUGGCAGCACUGCCUUACGGACCGUAAAAUGUUGGCUGGUUUGUCGCCUUCUGCGUCACAAGAUAGGAAAAGGAGGGGGGAAGCAAUGAUCUGCAAGCAAAAAUGUUAAUUUGUAAAUAGGGAAGAGUCUGGAAGAGUUUACUGUUCCGUAGAAUAAAUUAAUUUUAUUUAAAAAAAGAAAAAAAAAGGGACUUGUUAAACAAAUGGAGAACUCGAGUUCCAGUUUUAAAAUAAAAUCACUUUCAAAAAGGACAGCA